CACCCAAUUUCCAGGUGAUGAGAAAGAGUUUAUUUUCUCAAGUUCUGAGCAUUGCGCAGAAAUCCUCACAGUAGCUAAUGUGCCACUUGAGGACUUAAUAUUCUGAGGUAAGGAGAUUUUCCCUGGGCUAUAUGUUAAUUUGAAGGGGGCAAAAGCUUGGAUCUGCAGCCACAUGCAUAACUGCCCAAACAUUUGAGUAGUUCUGUGCAGUUUUACGGGUUGGCCUUGUUCAAAGUGAAUGAGAUCUGGCUGAUGUAUGUAUCCUGGAGUAUAAAGCUGGAAUCCGCACAUGCAUCCCAACUGUAUUUAUUAUAACCAUCUUCCUUUUUAGCCCCACUUUUUUCCCCCAAGCAACAUACAUAGAAUAUCAUGACUAACAUGGAGGCUGUAGAAAUAUGUGCAAAUCUGUGAACUUUAAGCCAAAACUUUUUUGAAUUCUCCCUCUGUAUUGAUGCUCAGAACCUUACAGUUAAUUACACAUUUACUAAUUGUAGCCUGCUUUUUCCAACCUCUGUCAUUUCAGCUCAAAAAGGAAUCAGGAUAAUGGUGACUCUGCAGGUACUCUGUAGAAGAACCAAUGUUUUACUGAAUCUCAGCAUUACUUUCUUAUGUGAAGAUCAAGUGCCUGUCUGCAGAUACUAUUCUAUAUAGUUGUUCUGAAUGUCUUGUUAGAUUAGGCUAAAAAUGAAAGUGACACAAAAUAACGAAAAUCAAAUUUAAAGUUAGCUGUGUUUUAAUGUGGCAUUUUGCCAGUUCAGUAUUUUUUAAAAAACAUUGCUAUAGCUGCUGAUUUUGAAGCUGCUUUUUCAGUACUCCUACAGGGAUGGCAUUUAUGAUAAUACUGCUGUAUCAGCAAAACUACCAAUACAGGUAUUUUACUUUUAUCUUGCUUUAUAGCCCUUUAUACAAGGCCUUCCUAUUACAGUUCUGCUGUAGCAUUAAUCUUAUAAAGGUCCUGAAGGUCAUUCUUAUUUUCAGUUAAAUAACAAUAUCCAAGAAUUUUAAUGAUGCUCUUGCAUUAGUGUUAUAAUGUUCAGAAUUGUUAUAAAAUUCAACAAUGUAUGAAAAUGUCAUCACGAGGGAUGAAUGAAGCAGCUCAUCUGAAAAUGAAAAUCAGCCCAAAUCUUUGCAGGUGUUCAAAAAACUUCAGUGUUGUCUUGCCUUGUGCAAAGACUUCAGAGGUGUGAACACAUCCUGUUUACAUCUGCCACCCAGACGGAGAUGCUGAGGGGAGCACACGGCUGAGGAGCAGUAAGAGGCAGCGACGUGCACGGGGAGAGCCGCCCGCAGUGGGAGACAGCCGCAGCAUGGAUGCGCUGCCCAUCUACCAUGGGGGCAUCUCCCGUGAGGCUGGGGAGAAGCUGCUGCUGGCAACGGGCACUGAUGGCAGCUACCUGCUGCGGGACAGCGAGAGCAUCCCAGGAGCCUACUGCCUCUGUGUGCUGCAUCAGGGUUAUGUUUAUACCUACAGACUGUCCAAGACAGAAACUGGGUCCUGGUGUGCUGAGACAGCGCCCGGCGUCCACCGGAGGCACUUUCGGAAAGUGCACAACCUCAUUUCGGCCUUCCAGAAACCUGACCAAGGCAUCAUAACGCCUCUGCAGCACCCUGUCGUCAACCACGCGAAAGCCAAAUACCCGCCUGGGAUAAAUGAAGGCCAUGACUUCCACCUGCAGCCAUCAUGAAGAUGUUUCCUCAAGUGUGACAUAACCAUAUCUUCCAGUAUCUCCUGUCAUCCAUGCUCUAGAACAGAAUGAUUCAUAUGAUAGUUAAAACAACUCCAUGAGUUUUCUUGUAACAUUUGCAGAAAUGUGUAUGUCGUAGAAUUUUUAACUCAAAAUUUAGAAGUUUAAAGUUCCCGAAU